AUGAAAAGACUUAAUAUCAAGAUAUGCGGGAUCAGUGAAACACAUUGUACGGGAAGUGGCAGGAUGACGUCAAAUAGAUACACACUCUGGUACUGCGAACCAGAUAUUGGAAACAAACAUGAAAAAGGUGUAAAUAAUCCAAAUACGUGCAAAGUUCAGACAUGCCAAUAUCACGUUCAUAAACGUAUAUGCGCCUGCGAGGAUAGUGAUAAUUUUGCCAAGGAAUUUUGCAAGAGUUCAUCCAGAAACCAAAUAGAAAGGUCACGUAAAAGUCACCAAAUGGAGAUAUACAGAAUUACGAAAAAGAGUGGCUUACUUAGUGAUGAAAACGAAAGCUUACUGUGCUUACUUAUGACAGAGAUAGAAGAAGAGAUGGCAGAUAACAUCGAUGUAAUGGAGGCAAGUGAAAUAGGAAAAAAAAUUAAAAAAAGGAAAGCUCUUGCAGGAGGAGUAGACAACACUAGAAGAGAUUGCGAAAGACAGAAACGGAUAGCGACAAUUGAUUCAAACAUACCAAAUCCUGGCUGCUGGUCAAGAACUCCAUUAAUACACUAUCCUGGUCUUACACAGUCACCUUAUCAUGAUGAGAAAAGUUGCCUAGAAUACUGUAUUAGUCUUCAACAAUGUAAUGUUGUUGACUACAACACUGCGGCUAAUCCGCCAUGCUUUGUGCAAACUGCAGAAAGUCCUGUCGAUAAUGGAAAUUUGAGACCUCAUGGAACGAAUGUCAAUUAUAUUUUAAAUAGAUCGUGCGUAAUGCCAGAUAAACAAGAUGACUUUCCAAGCUUUUAUAAUUAUCCUUGUUGGGUGAAAAGUGUAAGAACAACAUAUCCAGCUCUGAAAGAAGCACCUUACUAUAAUAUCGAUAGUUGCUUGGGAUACUGCGUCAGUUUGGACAAUUGUUUGGUUGUCGAUUUCGACCACAAAGCUGAUCCACCAUGCUUCGUCCAAUCCGCUGCGGCGUCCGUCAACCUUGAUAGCCUCACAAGACAUCCGAGUAGAGUCAAUUUUAUGCUAGAUAGAAACUGCUUGGAGCCUAAUUUUGUGCCAUACAGCGUUGAACUCUGCUGGGCAAGAAGAGAAAACUACCAUUACAAAGGAUUGAAGAACAUGCCCUACAACAACCUCCCCUCUUGUUUGAACUACUGUGCUAGUUUUGAUAGUUGCUUCAUGGUUGAUUAUGACCCCAAAAUAACUCCACCAUGCUUCGUUUGGGAGGAUCAAGAACAGUUUGAUCCGCAAAAUUUUGAAAAUCACACAAGUGCAGACAACUUUUUGUUAGACAGAGAGUGUUUGAGUUAUUUCGACUACUCCAAAUUCUACAGUUCAGAACUUUGUUGGACUGUUAACGAGAACUCUAAAUAUUCUGGGUUGGAAAAGGCCAGCUACAAAACAGAGGAUUCCUGCCUCAAUCAUUGCUCCGAUUCACCAAAGUGCAGCAUUGUAGAUUACAAUCCAAAAGAUAAUCCUCCGUGCUGGAUUCAAACCGAUGGAAAUGCUGUCAAUCUCAGCAAUUUAAACUCUAAAGAGUCAGUUACCAACUACAUUUUAGACAAAACAUGUGAAUGA